AUGGGAUGGCUUAUCAGAGAUGCUUUUGGUAGAUGUAUUGCAUACUUUGCUUCACCUUGUAUUGCCAACUCCACACUUGAGGCUGAGAGCUAUGUUGAGCUAGCUACUCUUCAUAUUAUUACCUCUUUAAAUUUAAAUGGCAUUGCAAUGGAAACUGAUUCUGAAAUCAUGUUUAACAUUCUUGUGGCUAAGAUUAAACCACCUUGGUAUAUUUUAGAUUUGCUGAAAAGAAUGAGCUUCAAUUCUACGCCUGCCAUUUCCGUCUUCGAUAAGCCGGGAGUUUCCUUACUCUUCCCUACCCGAGUUUUCGACUGGAAGCCAUACCGUGCAUUUAGAAGAAAAUGCUCGCCUAUAUUGGACGCGGAAUUCUUAUCUAAUGCUAAUCCUUUGGCCUCAAAUGAGUGGAGGACAGUUCCAGAUAUUUGGAAAUCAACAGCAGAGAAAUAUGGGCAUCGGAAAGCUUUGGUGGAUCUCUACCAUGAUCCUCCCACGGAGCGAACUUACAAGCAGCUUGAGCAGGAUAUUUUGGAAUUUUCUGAAGGUUUAAGAGUUGUUGGUCUGCUUCCAGAAGAGAAGAUUGCACUAUUUGCUGACAAUUCAUCCCGGUGGCUUGUUGCAGAUCAAGGUACCAUGGCUACUGGUGCUAUUAAUGUUGUUAGAGGGACGAGGUCAUCUAAUGACGAGCUAGUGAAAAUUUAUAACCAUUCAGACAGCAUUGCACUUGUGGUCGACAAUCCGGAGUUUUUUAACAAGCUUGCUGAAUCUUUGAUCCCAAGGGCGAACAUAAGGUUUGUGGUUUUACUUUGGGGUGGUAAGUCAUUUCUCAACAGCGACUAUGCAAAGGAUAUUCCACUGUAUGAUUUCGAGGAGAUCAUUGGACUCGGUCAUGAAAGCCGCCUUUCAUUGCUCAGUUCUUGCAAAAAAGGUGAAUUUCAUGCGUUUGAAACCAUUGAACCUGAUGAUAUUGCAACGCUCAUGUAUACUAGUGGAACAAGUGGCACGCCGAAAGGUGUAAUGCUUUCACAUCGAAAUCUUUUACAUCAGAUAAUGAACCUUGGGGAUGUUGUACCUACGGUAGCUGGAGAUAGGUUUUUAAGCAUGCUUCCAUCAUGGCAUGCUUACGAGCGUGUUGUUGAGUACGUGACAUUUACUUAUGGGAUUGAGCAGGUUUACACAAAUGUGAAAAAAUUGAAGGAUGAUCUGAAGCGGUAUCCGCCACAGUACCUAGUUUCAGUUCCCCUGGUUUAUGAAACUCUCUACAGUUCAAUCAAAAAACAAUUAUCGUCAAGCUCUGCUGCUCGGAAGUUUGUUGCACUGCUACUUAUCAGGAUGAGUCUUCUAUACAUGGAUGCAAAGAGGAUUUAUGAGGGCAAGGUGUUAACAAUGACAAAAAAUCAACAAUCGCCUGUUGUGGCUUUAUUCUACAAUUUAUGGGGAAGAGUUGCUGCUGCCAUUUUGUGGCCAUUCCAUAUCCUGGGGAUGAAGCUAGUCUAUAAUAAAAUUCACACAGCAAUUGGAAUUUCGAAAGCUGGUAUAAGUGGUGGUGGGAGUUUGCCAUUGCAUAUUGACAAAUUUUUUGAGGCUAUUGGUGUUAAGCUGCAAAAUGGUUAUGGUCUUACAGAAACCUCCCCUGUAGUGGCUUGUCGAAGUCCUCACAACAAUGUCCUUGGAACCGUUGGGCUUCCACUUAAAUUUACAGAAAUCAUGAUAGUAGAUUUGAAAACUGGUAGAUCUCUUCCGGAUGGUUCUAAAGGCAUUGUCAAACUAAGAGGGCCACAGAUCAUGAAGGGAUACUACAAGAAUGCAUCUGCUACGGGUGAAGCCAUCGAUAAAGACGGAUGGUUUAACAGCGGUGAUAUAGGUUGGAUUGUGCCCAAACAUUCUGCUGGGAUUAGCCGUCAAUGUGGAGGCAUGCUUGUUAUUGAAGGACGUGCAAAGGAUACAAUUGUUCUCAGCACAGGUAAUGUUUACAUUUAUCUUUCGAAGAUGAAUUUAACAAUUUAUUUUUGUUCAAUUCAACAUAUUGUGGUCAUUGGUCAGGAUCAACGUAGGCUUGGAGCUCUUGUUGUCCCAAAUAUGGAUGAGGUUUUUGCGUCAGAUCUUUUGUUAGUCAAUGAUGAGAAUCCUGAUCUCAGCAAGGACAAAAUGCUAGGCCUGUUACAUGACGAAGUAAGAAACUGGACUAAAGAUUGCUCCUUCAAUAUCGGGCCUAUAAUGAUUGUAGAUGAGCCCUUCACGAUUGAGAAUGGAUUAUUGACGGCCACAUUGAAAGUGAGAAGGCAAAAAGUGAUUGAUCGGUACAGCGUAGAGAUUGCCAACUUGUACAAGUGAAAGCAUAUGCGGAUAAACUAUUAAUAUUGUUUUUGUUAACCUUUUCUGUGAACUAGAAAGUGGGGAUUCUAAAAUCUGAAAAUCUGUUUUAAAGGCCAGAACCUUGGCUAAUCAAUUCAUUUACUGAGAUAUUGGUGAGGGAAAGGUCUCUUUAUGGCAUGAGCAUGGGGGAUUUCUGAUCUUCAUGAUGUUGGUUCUUCUUUGAGUAAUGAUAUAUUGGUUUCUGAUU